CCAGCCAUUCCAGCUAUGGCGGCGCCUCUGGGAGGGAUGUUCUCGGGGCAGCCUCCCGGACCCCCGCCACCCCCGCCGGGCCUCCCGGGCCAGGCCUCGCUUCUUCAGGCAGCGCCGGGAGCUCCGCGAAGUUCUAACACCACGCUGGUGGAUGAGUUGGAGUCAUCGUUCGAGGCUUGCUUUGCCUCUCUUGUGAGUCAGGACUAUGUUAAUGGAACCGAUCAGGAAGAAAUUCGAACUGGUGUUGAUCAGUGUAUCCAAAAGUUUCUGGACAUUGCCAGACAGACCGAAUGUUUUUUCUUACAAAAAAGACUGCAGUUGUCUGUCCAGAAACCAGAGCAAGUUAUCAAAGAGGAUGUCUCAGAGCUGAGGAAUGAAUUGCAGCGGAAAGAUACGCUGGUCCAGAAGCACCUGACGAAGCUGAGGCAUUGGCAGCAGGUGCUGGAGGACAUUAACCUGCAGCACAAAAAGCCAGCUGACAUCCCCCAGGGCUCCCUGGCCUACCUGGAGCAGGCGUCCGCCAAUAUCCCUGCUCCUCUAAAGCAGACCUGACAGCUCUGUGCGGACAGUUUUGCCAAACACCCUCUUGUGGAUAUGACAUUUUGGAAGAUCGCUUUGCUAGACAAUAUGAUGACGUCAGUUGUAUGUUCACAUAGAAUUUCCCCCAUAUUUUCACUAGCCAUUAGCUUCCCUUUUUCUCCCCCGCUCUCCUCUUGCGUUGUAGCCCACUGGUCUCAAUCUCAAUCCCCUUGUUUCAGCUAGUACUCGCUUGAUUUCUUUCAUACUUUGUAAAAUGCUUAUGUUUUUGAUAA